AUGUUGUCUCUGUUGGGUCGAACAAGCUCAACGGCUUGUCGUCCGGCUGUUGUGAUUCUCGCCCAAACUCAGCCACAGUCAACACAAUCGGCUGUAACAACUCCUCCUCCUGAUGUCCCAAAACCUGUUAUAAGUUCACAAUCUUUUCAAUUUCGAAAGGGAACUGGAGGACGUGCUUCAUUCUCUGGUAAUGUUGUCACCGUCUUUGGAGCUUCCGGCUUUAUGGGACUUCCCGUCAUCAAUAGACUUGCAAAGAUGGGAACCCAAAUCAUUAUUCCCUACAGGCAAGAUCCGUACUACAUGAAAGAACACAAAAUUCCUGGUGAGUAUGGACAGAUUCUAUUCUUUCCUUUCGAGCUACAGGAUGAGGCAAGCAUUAGAAAGGUAGUGCGAUAUUCGAACAUUGUCAUCAACAUGAUUGGAACUAGAGUCCCAACCAAGUAAGU